UAUAUCCUGAAAUUAUUCGUGUUUAUCCAUCAUUUUUAAGUCGUAUCAAUUUAGAUGUGUUAAUUUUUUUUAUGAAAUUAACUUUUAAAAGUUAAAACUAUUAAUUAAGUGAAAUUUUUUUUGAGUAAUAGGGACCAAUAUUAUAACCAAAAAUGGUAAUAAUUAAUAAAUAUAUUGUAAAGAAUAUACUAUUAAUGAUUAGAAUACAAAAAAGAGUUCAAUUAUUGCCUUAUGUGCCAACAACUUGCUAUAGUGUUUAUCCACCUCAUUUUAAUGAACCUAUUUAUAAAAAACAGGAACAAAGUAAAUUGUAUGAAAAUGGUGAAAUUGAAAAAUGGAAACUUACUCCAGUAAAGGCUGCUAAAAGUAAUGAAACUUGUUCAGUGUUUCAUGAUCCUGUAGUUGCCAAAUUUACUAACUACAUGAUGCAUAAAGGACAAAAAAAACUAGCCAGACAAGUUCUUGAAAAAACAUUUGAAAAAAUUAAACGUAUACAAUUAGAAAAAUAUAAUAAAGAAACAAACCCAGAAAAAAAAACAGAAAUAAUUAUUGAUCCUGUAACUAUAUUGAAGAAAGCAAUUGCAAAUUGUAAACCAUUAUUGAAAUUAACUCCUGUUAAACGAGGAGGAUCAUAUUAUCAGGUUCCAGUACCUAUUACUGAUAAAGAGUCAACUUUUUUUGCCAUGAGAUGGUUUGUACAUUGUGGACGUGAAAAAGACAAAAGUAUUAGUUUUGCAGAUUUUAUUUCAAAAGAAUUAAUUAAUGCUUCAAAUAAUGAAGGACAUGUAAUUAAAAAGAAAUUGGAUUUACAUAAGCAAUGUGAAGCUAACAGAGCAUAUGCACACUAUCGUUGGAGUUAAUAUUAAUAGUAUUAUUUAUAUAAUAAAUGGAAAAAAAAAAUGUUGAAUAAACUGUAUAAUUAGUUAUGAUGA